UUACUAUUUCAGACCAAACAAACAAAAGUGUGGAGUACUCAUUCUCUUCAACCAAACUCCAUUAAAUCCAUCUCUUUACUUGCUGAGAUCAACAUAUAUACACACACUCUUCAUUCUGAAGCUGUAUCCGAGUGAACGCAAAAUGGGAGUGGAAGGAACCUUGGAUUACAUCUCUGAUUUGCUUAGCAACAUGAAGAAGAAAAAGAAAAAGCAGACUCAAACCGUAGCUCUCAAAAUUAGGAUGGAUUGUGAAGGUUGUGCCCGUAAGGUCAAGAAGGUGCUCUCCGGAGUUAAGGGAGCUAAGUCUGUGGACGUGGACUUGAAGCAGCAAAAGGCGACGGUGACGGGUUACGUGGAGCCGAAGAAAGUGCUGGCGGCGGCUCAGACGACCAAGAAGAAGGUGGAGUUGUGGCCUUAUGUGCCGUACACGAUGGUGGCAAACCCUUACGUGGCUCAAGCUUAUGACAAGAAGGCACCACCUAAUCACGUGAGGAAGGUUGCUGACCCUUCUAAAAUCACUGAGACCACCUUGGACUACCGCUACUCCAUCAUGUUCAGUGACGAAAACCCUAAUGCUUGUUCCGUCAUGUAAGAACAAAUAAGAACUAUCAAUA